AUGCACACCAGCGAGGAUUUUUGUAAAGCCUUCUCAUCUGUGACCACUCAACCUCUUCCCUACGGUCUAGAGAGAGAGAAACACAUUGACAUGAUCUUCAGGGCUUUCCACAGGCAGGUUAGACCUACAGAAGAACCGCAGAACGUCUCUCUCGUGGUCCAAGCUGCAAGUCCUGAAGAGACAGAGAUAGACUGCGAGGAUAAAAGACUUGGAAAACUAGCUGUAAUGAGAAAAGUCACACGACUCCACAUUACAGCCAGACCAGAGCUGCAAGGUCCACAGUGUGUAGCCCGAAGAGCAUACAGCAUUUCCACAGAAACCAGAGAUCAAAUAUUUGUGGCUAUAGAGGAGAGCUCUUGUGUUUGUGGGCAGUUCUGCGGUCCAGCUCGCUCAUGCUCAUUACAGGGCUUUGACAAAGAUUCCGACUGCGUCUUUUUGUUUGAGAGGCCCUUGAGAGCGGAGGUGUGCUGGCUUGGAUGUUGCCUGAUGGAAAUGAGAGCAUUCACACCUGACAGACAACUGAUCGGGACAGUCUAUCAACGGUGGAGUAUGUUCACGCCAUAUUUUGAGGUCUGUGACUCUGAGGGCAUCUCGACUGUGAGGAUUCAGGGUUCCUGCUGUAACACACGAUGUCUCUCAGAGCAGGAGCUCCAGGUGGUAUCAAGUAUUGGUGAGACCAUCGGUCGAAUAUGGAAGAGAUGGCCUGGAUAUAGAGAAGAAGGCAACAUGGAUCAUGAGUAUUUCGGACUGGAUGUACCUCAAGGAAUUCAUCUAAAGGUCAAAGUGCUGUUGCUAGCUGCCACCUUUCUUCUGAACCAUAUGUUUUUUGAGAUGAGCUAA